GUUUUACCAAUUACCCGACCGCGGCACUGCUCUAUCGGUGUUCACGAGUGAUUUUAUUAGGAAUUACAUUAAAGCUGAUCGACAAAAAGUCUUAUUUGAUGAUCUGGGACAGAAAUACCUACAACCACAAGACUUCACUCUCGCCGAGAUAACUCCAGUGGAGAAUGUCAGCGAGGAACGACUAAGUUCCAUUAUGAAUUCUGAGCUCUUUGAGGGUGAUAUCUUGGGUAUCGAUCUGGCAACAAUAAUAUCAACAUUGAUUCUAAGAGAUGAACCACUGGAUCCAUACGAUUAUCUAUUCAAACUCCCUUAUCAUAGCGCAUUAAAUUUUGCAAGGUAUAAAGAUAGGCUAUGGCCAAAUGGAAGCAUACCAUAUUCAUUGGAAGAAGGAAUGUCUACAGUGCAAAGGGUAGCCAUUGCGCAAGCAUUCGAUGAAUUCCACGGAAAAACCUGCAUAAAAUUUGCACCAAAAACUGAUCGUGAUAUCGAUUUUAUCUUUAUCAGAAGGAAUACAGCCUCCGGUUGUUCGUCAUAUGUUGGACGAGCUGGUGGCAAUCAGACUGUAUCGUUAGAAGCUAAUAAAUGUUUUGCAAAGGGAAUCAUUGCACAUGAGUUAAUGCAUACGAUUGGAUUUUUUCACGAGCAUUCACGUACCGACCGCGAUGAAUAUAUAGAUAUCAUCAAGGAAAACAUUCGACCUGGGAUGCUAUGGAACUUUGAGAAAUAUCCAGAAAAAGUUAUUGAUUCGUUGGGAAUGCCUUACGAUUAUGAUUCGAUCAUGCACUACCAUAGACUUGCAUUUUCCAGCAAUGGCCAUCCAACUAUUUUACCUAAAAAUCGAAGUGCGAGAAUUGGACAGCGACACGGGCUGAGCGAUAUCGAUGUCAAGAAGAUAAACAAGCUUUAUAACUGCAGUCAACCAGAUACAUCAUCAAUGCCACUAUCAACAUCGACAACAACAACAACAAUAACAAAAACAACAACAACAACAACAACAACAACGGCAACAACAACAAUGACAACAUCAACUACUGCUACAGUAACCGAUGGAAGAACCACUGCAACCACAACGCUGUUCACCCCUAGCACAAGUGGUCAAUCGGAAAACACGAUAACACUACAUCCAUUUCACCCAUUUCGGACUAAAAGACCAUUAAUCACGGAAAAAUCCCGACCUAUUAGUACUACCGUAAAAGCAAAAACGACGGUGGUUACAGUUUGCGAAAAUCUGAAUGCACACUGUGAAAUGUGGCAACAACUUGGCCAUUGUCAAUAUUCGCCAAAAUAUAUGGGUCACUAUUGCAGAAAAGCAUGCGGGCUCUGUCCCUCCAAAGCAAAUAAAAAGAAAUUAAAUCGGAAAACUGAGUCAUCACGAUGUAUGGAUAAGAAUUUAUUCUGCAGUUAUUGGGCAAGCAUCGGGGAGUGCAAUACGGGAAGUAAAUUUAUGAUGAUAUUCUGCAAGCGAUCUUGUAAUAACUGUGGCAGUAAAAUGGAAAAUGCUGGUUACGAAUAAAUGAAACCAACAAUCUCAAUUAGAUUAUGCAGUAUUUCCAUUAAUUACAACCUAUUGUACUUCCUAUCGAAUGGACCUGUGAAAUUUACAACGGUAUAACUACAUUCCUGACAAUAAUUUAUUAAUGCAUAAUAUGAAAAAUAAACCAUUUUUCUU